AUGGUAACGCGCUAUAGCCUUUUAGGAGAAUCAGCUCGCCUAGUUGACAAGGAGUCUGCUCGUCAAUUUGACGGGUUGAUUACUGUCAGGCCUAUAUGUUACCAUACGAAAAGAGCCCAAACCACUACCAGACAGGCGAGCAACGCAAGGAUUGGGAUAAAGGAUAGGGAUCAUGUUCAGCACACUCCGUCCGUCACGCCUCAUUAUCCGAUAGUUCGUUCAUCUCGUCCUUUAGGACAUCAUCUCACUCCACUGGAAAAGAAGAGCCGGGGUACAGACAAUGAAUGA